AGAAAAACUAAGUUAAUAAUUCCAAUAGCUUUUUCUAUAGUUUUGUUGAAACAAAUGCAUAAAAUGUAAAAUUUCCAAGUGUCUUAAGCUGAAGCAAAAUACGAAAAUAAAAAUAAAAAUAAAAAAUAUUUUGAAAACUAAAUUGGAGCUGUGCAGGGCAAUCAAUGCAGAAGCCGUUAAAAAAGGAAUGAAACUUCAAUUUCAGCCUUUCAUAAUGAGAGUUUCGUGAAAGAAAACCCACCCUUAGAGGGAACAGACAGGACACAGAGUUCCAUAGAGCGCAGCGAAAACUGCAUAGUGGAGCGAAUAGGGGCGACUCAAGAACUAAACACCCGCCGCGUCAGAUAGAGACAGACUUUGUUUCUCUCACUCUCUCUCUCUGUGGCACAAGCAGCUGCAGUUUGUGGGUAGGAAUUCCGCAAUGUGCGCAGGACAUGCAGGCCAUAUGGCCAGGCAGGCAGGCAGCCAGGGUGGUGGAACCGAAAAACACACACAAAGCGACACAAGCCAAGCGCGGCUCAAGAAACAUGUUUUAGCUUCCUGCGAAGUGGCGGCAGUCGACGCCUGCACGGCGACCAGGACACAACUAGUCAGCGCUAUAAAUCUGUGCGGCAGCACAUCAGAGAGACAGCGAGAGCCACGACAGAUUAGGCCAAAAGCACUUGCCUCACUCACUGCAAAUGAUUCCCAGCGCUGAAAGCAUUGACUCAGCCCAGGCUGGCUUUGAGUCCCCCAUCAACAUGGGCGUCUGGUGCGAGGAGAGCCGCUGCAAUCAGCUGCAAACAGCUGCGGAUGUCUAUCGUCGCACUGUGGAGCGCAUCCAAAGGGAAACUACUGACUGCCAGGACAACAGCAGUGCUGCAAAGGCAUACGAAGAGAUAUUGAAGCAAAUCUGGAUUGCAACCUUUACGGGUGGCAAUAUAUACUAUCGGGCGUAG